AUGACACGAAAUAAUGAUAUAUUGUUUAUGGCCGAAUACAUCAAGAAUGUAUUGUAUUUUGCAACAGUAAGGCCAGGGAGAAUUUUAAAGAAUACUGCUGACAUACAUUAUUUUUGUAUAGAUAAUGAAUUAAUUUAUGAAAACUAUUACUCUGACUUCGGACCUUUAAAUCUUGGUUGUAUUUACAAAUACUGUAGAAUAUUAAAUGAAAAAAUAGAACAAUGUCAAAAUAAUCAAAUCAUUGUUCACUACACUUCCUCUGACCCUAAGAAGAGAACUAACGCCGCGUUUUUACUGGGAUGUUUUGGCGUUUUAUAUUUGAGUUUGCCACCAAAAGAAGCUUUGAAACCGUUAAUUGUACACGGUUAUAGUUAUCGGCCAUUUCAAGAUGCAACGCCUGGUGAUUCAUCGUACACAAUAUCAAUAUUAGAUUGCCUUAAGGCGAUAAACAAAGCUCGAGAAAUAGGUUUCUUUAAUUUUCAAGAUUUUAAUUAUAGGGAAUAUGAUCGAUUAGAUAAAAUACAGGGAGGCGAUCUAAAUUGGAUUAUACCUGGUAAAUUCCUUGCAUUUAUUGGCCCCGUGGAGCAUAGAGGUCCGCUAUAUCACCGACCCGAAGAGUACAUUAAUUAUUUUAAAGAAAAUAACGUUAAAAUCGUCAUAAGAUUAAAUAAAAGAUUAUACGAUGGCAAUGUAUUUAAUAAUGUUGGCAUUAUUCAUUACGAUUUGUUUUUUCCCGACGGAUCAUGUCCACCAAGAAAUAUACUUUUUAAAUUUUUACAAAUAAGUGAAUGCUCUGAAGGUGCUAUCGCAGUCCACUGCAAGGCAGGUUUAGGGCGCACUGGUUCUUUAAUUGGUUGUUACCUAAUCAAGCAUUAUCGUAUGACGUCUCAUGAAGCUAUAGGUUGGAUGAGGAUAUGCAGACCUGGCUCCGUAAUCGGACAGCAACAGGAGUGGUUGGAGCAACUUGAACCGUGGCUGAUAAAACAAGGGAAUUUAUAUAGGAGACGGAAAUUCGGUGACGAAAAUAAGUUGCCAGUACACGAAUAUGGCUUAUAUUCUAUAUCUGAAAAAGCUCUCAAGCAGAAGCCAGUUUUAUUAAGUAAAUCACCUUCCCCACCACCUCCCAUACAAAGGCAUAAUCGAAUAGACAUUUCGUUACAACCAAGGCCCCAGGCUUCUAAAACCAGGGAUGGAGAAAAUAAUGAAAACGAAGAGACAUUCCUUACCUCUUGUGAUUUAACCGUAAAGCCCUCUGUGCCCAUGUUUCGUAUGAAAGGAUGUAUUAUAAAUAGUAGCACUGUAUUUGAGAACGACGGAUUAGAUUGCCCAUCGGAAAAUUUAAAUCUACCAAAAUGGAAGAGAAUUCUCUUUUGUCAUUUGUGUGCUAACGUCUGGAACGAAAUGAUAUGGAAAUUGGCAGUGCGUUGCGUAAAAUAUACGCCUAAGUUCUGUAACAGUACUAAUGUAUGCUGCAAUCUAAUAGACAAGGACUGUUAUAAAAAGGUUUCCAGUGGGUACGCUCCUAUUCCUACGUUUUGUACAACUCAAGGUCCUAUUGUGAAAACUGUAAAUGAAGCCCGAGAUUUUCUAAUGCGAGCUUACAAAGAAAAUCGUGAGAGGCAAUUGAGCUCUACGCUUAGGGUGACAUCAAAAAUGCCAUUUCAAAGACCUAAUGCGCAUUAUGAAUCAACUUAUGGAAUUACAACAUGCAAUUCGCCUUCAUCUUUUCGUACAGUUGCUAGAGAAUUUUCUCAGCCGCAUUACCGACGUCGGCUUGGCCGCAGUCCAAGCCCACCGCAAGCUCGGUUAGUUGCAGAACAGUCACGGGCUACCAACACACCGCCGCCAAAAGAGAGAAUGCUUAAAAGAGAUUCUUCUAAAUCUACUAUACGUGAUGCGUUGUCGAAGCUAAAAUUAGCAGUCCCCCGUUACGGUUCGAUCGGAGCGGGAUCAGUUGGGGCUGCGUCACUUGGCGCUCGGCGAGACGCUCCCAAACCCAAACAGGCUCCAAGCGUACGCUCAGAUGAACGUCCUACCGCUACACAAGGGGACUUGCUCAACAGUAUCAAGUUUCAAAGAAGAUUUCGAGAAACUCUCAAUAAUGAAAAAAUAAACUCCAUGUUUCGUGAUAACCAAGACAGUAAACCGGGUGAUAAAACCGUAGGCGGAACAUCAAGAUCUUUGUUCAACAGACCCAGUUCUCCAAAAGGAAGGCACAGUAUGCAGAACUCAUUUUUUUAUUAA